UAUCUUAUAAAUGUUGGCCUUGGACGAUUCAGCCCAUCUGUGGGAGAGAAUAUCACGUGUGUCGAGAGUGAAAGACAAGUGCUCUUAUCCUUCAAGCAACGCCUCAUGGAUGAAUAUGGUAUACUCUCUUCUUGGCUCAAUAAUGAUUGCUGCAAUUGGAGUGCUGUUCGAUGCAGCAACGAAACUGAAGGUCAUCAUGUCAUUGGGAUUGAUCUUCGUGGCUCGGAUGAUAAGUAUUUGAAGGAUAAGGUUGGUUGUUCUUCCUUGACUCAAUUGUCAAACCUCAAAUACUUAGAUCUUAGUUAUAAUAAAUUCGAUCGGAUUCUCUUUGAAGAUAUUGGUUCUCUUGUCAAUUUGAAUUAUCUCAACCUAUCCUAUAAUCGUCAGUUUGUAAGUGUCAUUAUUCCUCCCCAACUUGGGAACCUUUCAAAAUUGUCUGUUCUCGAUCUUGGAUCAAAAAAUUGGUUAAAUGUUGGUAACCUUAGAUGGCUCUCCGGUCUUUCUUCUCUAUAACAUCUUGACUUGAGUGGAGGAGACUUUAGUGGUGCCAAUGACUGGGUAGGUGUCAUUAACAAACUUCCUCUUUUACAAAGUGUGUCACUAAGUCGUUGUAACCUUUCACCACCGGUUUUGCCAUCUUAUUAAUACACCAAUUUCUCUAGAUUUCUAGUUGAGUUGGACCUUUCGUCCAAUUAUGAUCUGAAUUCUUCGAUUUAUCACUCGUGGUUGACCAACUUUACUAAUAUUGCCCAUUUGAAUCUUGCAUACAACAAUCUAGGAGGUUUGAACUUUGAUGAUUUUGGAAAUAUGACUUUUCUUAUGUCUCGAUCUUAGUUUCACUAAAGUUAAUUUUGAUUCUCUCAAAUCCUUUGAGCGUCUUCGUAAUUUAAAUUCAUUAUACUUAUAUGGCAAUAGUAUAGGAGGAUUGCUAUUUGAUUUUCUAAAAGCCCUCCACCCUCGUGUACUUAACUCGUUACAGUAUUUAAGCCUUGGACGUAACCAAUUUUGUGGAUUCUUGCCAAAUUUUACCAUGCUUCCAUCUUUGAAACAUUUAGUACUAUCUCACAACAUGUUGAAUGGAACAAUUCCCCAAUUCCCCAAAAUUUGGGAAAAUUAUCAAACUUGGAGUUCUUACAUCUUGGUUCUAAUUCAUUGGAGGGUGAAGUUUCAGAAGCUCAUUUUUCAAAGCUUACAAAUUUAAAAGGAUUGUAUCUAUCUAAUAAUCCUUUGAAUUUAAACUUCAAGACGGAUUGGGUUCCUUCUUUUCAAUUGUAUUCAAUCUGUUUGGGACACUGCAAGUUGGGCCCACUUUUUCCGAGGUGGCUUCGAACCCAAAAUUUCUCUAAGAUUGAUAUUUCAUUUGCUGGAAUUUCAGACAUCAUUCCUCAUUGGUUUUGGAAUAACUUGUCUCCGGAAUUGGAUGUUCUGAAUCUUUAUGGGAAUAAAAUGAUGGGUGAAAUUCCAAAUUUGUCACUCAAGUUCAAAAGUGCACCUCUUAUCUAUUCAGGGUCGAACAAAUUCGUGGGGCGAAUUCCUGCCUUUCUUUUUCAAGCAGAAUUCCUCCAUCUUUCAAUUAAUGAUCUCUCAGACUUAAGUGGCUGAUGUGAAAUCAUCGACUCUCCUUUAUGGACAUUGGAUCUCUCUGACAACCAAUUAUCAGGACAACUCCCUGAUUGUUGGGAUUCCAUGCUCAAUUUAGGCAUAUUAAAUUUGUCUAACAAUUAUUUUUCUGGACACAUUCCACACUCCAUCGGUAAUCUUAUUGACAUGAUAUCCUUAGUUUUACGCAACAAUAAGUUCUCGGGAGGGUUACCUUUUUUGUUCAACUUGACAAAUUUGGAAGUCGUUGAUGCAAUGAAUAAUAAUUUAUCUGGAACAAUACCAUCGUGGAUUGGAUCGAAGUUACCAAAUUUGACUUUUCUAAAUUUGAAGUCGAAUCACUUCCACGGAAACUUAGGAGGUCUCUGCAACCUCGAACAAAUUAAAGUAUUGGAUAUUUCAUCCAAUAAUGUUUCAGGGAGCAUACCAACUUGCAUCCUUAAUUUCAAUUUCUUGGCACAAACAUCAUACAAAAAUGACUAUGACAAUUUUUAUUAUCAUCGGAAUGAUCUUGUCAUGAUGUGGAAAGGUGAAGAGAGACUCAUUACAAAAGAAACAAUGAAACUUGAAAGGAGCAUCGAUUUAUCUUGCAAUCAUUUGAGUGGGAAAAUUCCUAAUGAAAUCACAGAGCUUGUUGGUUUGAUUAAUUUGAAUCUCUCGAGGAAUGAAUUAACAGGUCAAAUUCCCGACAAAAUUGGCCAGCUUCAAUCAUUGGAUUCCUUGGAUGUAUCAAGAAAUCAUUUGUUUGGUCCAAUUCCAUCUAGUUUAUCUCAAGUAUCAAGGUUGGGAGUAUUGGAUUUGUCAUACAAUAACCUUUCAGGAAAAAUUCCUACGGGGACUCAGCUUCAAGGUUUCUCAACUCCUUCUUAUGAAGGCAACCCUUAUCUUUGCGGAGAUCCACUGAAAAAAUGCUUCGAAGAAAUCAGCCAAGAGCCAAACAUAAACAAUGUUCAUGUUGAGAAUGAAAAUGAAGAUGAAGACAAAUUAUUUGGACGAGAAUUUCUGAUCAGCAUGGCGUUUAGAUUUAUUGUGGGUUUUUGGGGAAUAUUUGGGAGUUUUGUACUCAAUAGAAGAUGGAGACAUGCAUACUUCAAAUUUGUUAGGUGUGGAAACCAACUAAAAACAGGUACUUUUUCUCCAUUUAUAAUUUGAGUCCUUAUUUCUUAUUUUUAAUGUUCUUCGAUAUCUUUUUGGUAGGUCUAUUUGUUUUAUUUGCCUCUUGAUCUCAUAUCAAUCCAUAUUUCUUUGUAAUAUAUUUAAAAUUUGUCACAAAAGAAAUGAAAAGUCUCACCAGUUUCAA